UUUAACGUCACGAAACCAGAAGUACUUUCCCUGUCAGUGGAGACUUGUUGUGAAUGCCAAAGCAGGGCUUGGUUCGUCUCCAUUUAACACCAGUCCUCUUCCGCAGCAACAAUGUCUCCCGAUGAGCUGGUGUACUUGGGAGUCCUCGCAGCCUCCAUCCCGCUUGGAUUCCUUUUCCGUUACCUCAGUCCUCCCGUAAAGCAGGGGGCUGCUAUGCUCCUGGGUCUCUCCAUUACGAUCACUACCUGCCAAGUGCACACACUCCACUCUUUAGUGACAGUGAUUGGAACCUGGAUUAUUAUCAAGAGCAACUGGAGGCUCGCUCCUGCCUUGAGUCUCACCUGGACCUUUUUAUACCUCCUCUUCUUCCGGUUGGUCACAUGGUUUGGUUUGCCUGCGCCGACACCUUUUGCCAACGCCAACCAGCUGCUUCUCACGCUCAAGAUGGUGAGCCUAGCCAACGAGGUGCACGGCUUCCACGUGGAGAAGAAGAAGGAAGUGAGCUCCUUCAGCAGGUCUUCGGCGGUUGGUCGUCUGUCUCGGGAGCCGUCCCUGUAUGACAUCUUGUCGUACAGCUACUGUUAUGUGGGUGUCAUGACAGGCCCGUUCUUUCGCUUCCAAACUUACACCGACUGGCUGGAGCAGCCCAAACCGCUGGCCCUGCCCGGCUGGGAGCCGUGCCUGCAGCGACUGAAGCUGGUGCCCGUCUUCGGUGCGCUCUUCCUGGCCGUCAACUCCGCCUUCCCACUGGCUUACGUCCGCACCGACGAGUUCCUGGAUCACAAUUUCUUUUUCAGGUUCUUCUACAUGAUAGUGGUGUUCUUCGUGUUCAGGAUGCGCUUCUAUGCCGCGUGGUGCGGCGCAGAGGCCGGAUGCAUCAGCGCCGGUCUGGGCUGCUAUCCAGAACGGGCUCAGUGCAAACCGGGCGGGGGACCCACCGUCAGCUACAGCCCCGAGUCGCUGGCUGAGGAGACAUACGACUUUAAAACCAUCCAGAACAUCGACUGCUACAACACGGACUUCUGCGUGAAGGUGCGGCACGGCAUGCGUUACUGGAAUAUGACCGUGCAGUGGUGGCUGCAUCACUACAUCUACCCCAACGCCCCCUUCAAGUCCUACGCGCUCAGGGCGGGCUGGACCAUGUUCAUUAGCGCCUACUGGCACGGUCUACACGCCGGAUACUACCUGUCCUUUCUCACCAUCCCGCUUUGCAUCGCCGCCGAGUCGGCCAUGGAGGCGUCGGUGCGAGCCCGACUGGGCCCCCGCGGUCAGAGCGUCUUCGACUGGGUCCACUGGUUCCUGAAGAUGCGAGCUUACGAUUACAUGUGCAUGGGCUUCGUGCUGCUCAAAGCCUCCGACACCAUCGCCUACUGGUCAUCCAUCUACUUCGCCAUGCACUUGCUGGCCGUCGGCUGCAUAAUUGUGGGCCGGGCUCUCGGGGGAAGCAGGAGAGCAGACAAGAAGACAGACGCUGAGAAGACGGAUAAGUCAAAAAUUAAUGGCGAUAAGAAUGACAAACAUGACUGAAUGGAAUAUCGCUUGAUUGAGCUGGAGUUUCAUUUCGGUGGUGCCCUGAGAUACAAGUGAGCCACCAUACGAGUUUAUCAAGAUACGAGCUGCCGCUGUGCUGAUUUUUGGUGACGUUGAACUCGACGCAAUCCAUUUCAAAGGAAGCUGUGGUUCCAUCAAAGAAGGGUUCAAGCAGUUUAUUGCCAUUCCCUGUUGAACUAAACGUGAAACAAAAAGAGUCACAUCACUUUGAAUUUUCAUAAAAUCAAUUAUGGGUCAAUUUGAGCUCUUUCAAAAUUGGCAAAAAGCGGCUGAUUCGAACUCAUUUCCACCGCUGUAAGAUUUUAUUCAUACUUCAGGAGAAAGCACUGUACAACAGUCAAAUGUUCUGUCUGUAAUUUAUAUAUUUUAUUGUUACAAGUUUUAAGGGACCCAAAAAAAAAUGAUUCAUUAGAUUUUCUUUCAAUUACUUGAUUAUAGAAUUUUAUUUUGCCAAAUAUCAGAAUCGGCCUAAAAAAAUUCCAUAAUGGUUAAUCACGCCCUAAUUAUUACGGAGUCAGUUUUGAAAUUUUUUUUGUGUCUGUAUUAAACUGCCUCCAUGUGGUUGUAGCUGAAGAAGCACAAUCUCCAUCAGAACGUCAUGAAUGUGAAAAUCAAAAGUUUUGUAAAUAUCUAAGGGUCCAAGUCA